UUCCUCUUGCGCUCGGUCUCGGCGGCCGCCAUGCCGGGCUGCGUCACCGCCCCGCGCCGCCCGCCCGCCUCCCUUCCCCUCAGCUCCCGCCCAAUCAGCGCCGAGCGCGGGCACAGGCGGGAGCCGGGCCGGGGCAGCGGAGGGAGCCGCGGCGCCAUGACUGAAGAAUCAACUGCAUCAGGUGCUGUAGAUGCCAGGGAGGAACUCUUGAAUGAAUGUGAGAGUAUCUGGAGUCAGAUGGAAGAGUGUCAGAGCAAGAUAACACUUAAAAGAGCAGAACCACUGACAGAAUCAGAUGCCGAAAUUUCCUUGUUAAUGAUGCGAAUGAAAGCUUUAACAGUGGAGUUUAGUCAAUGGCAAAUAAGAAGUCCUGAAUUAAUUUCAACUAAUCCAGAGGUACUGCUAACAUUAGGAAAAGAAGAGUUGUGGAAAGUAAAGGAAGAUCUUGAAAAGGUGCUGUUAACAGCUCAGUUAAGGAAUAAAAAAAUUAAAGAAGAUUUUCACAGAGAGGAGCAGUGGCAUGACGAACAGAAGAAGAUACUAAAUGCUCUUAAAGAAACUGAAAAAAAGAUGGAAGAGGAUAUUGAAUCACAUUGCCAAAGAAGAGCAUUCCAUAAACUGAAAGAUGAAUUCUUCAAAGUAAAGGCAUAUAAGGAAGAACUCUUGAAUGCUUUGGGUGCGUUCCUAGAAGAACACUUUCCCCUUCCGGAGAAAGAUGUAACAGCUAAAAAGAAAAAAAUAAAAAAUUCUGAAGAGCCAGCUACACAACUGAUAGCACUGCAUGAAAUUUUAGAGAACCUUAUAAACACAUUAUUUACCACACCACAUGAACCCUAUAUAACAGUCGACGACUCAUUGUGGCCACCUUAUGUUGAGCUGCUUCUGCGAUGUGGAGUUGCCCUGAGACAUCCAGAAGAUCCAAACAGGAUACGCCUAGAAGCCUUUCACCAAUAGUGUGAAGAUUUCUUUUCUUUAAAACAAAGCAAAGCACCAGCCCUCUUCUCAGGAAGACAUACUUAUGUUUUAUGAUUAAUGUAUGUGUUUAUAUCAGCAACUUGAUCAGUAAAGGGGCUUAGUAAUCUGUUUACCGUAAAAGUCAUAUCUUGUAUGUGACUAUUCUGUGCUUUUUAACUCUUCUCAAUUUCAUUUAGUAUUUCCUUGCACUCUGUUGAAUCAAGGUGUGAAGUAACUUGACUUCUUUGUGAACAACAUGUUGUUUCCUAGAGGCUUUGCAAAUAAAUAUAUUGCUUUUAAGAUAUA